CUGCGCAGGAUGGGCACAGACCGCCUGGGGAAGCGACUUUUCUUCUUUAUUUCUGGCUCAAGGGAGGUGACGAGGUGAUUGACCACAUCAUACCGCCCAAGCCACGAUAUUAGCGAACCCAAGACAAUGAGCACUCCAUCCCACUCAACAGAGCCCGGUGUCCGAUGCAUGUACUACUUCGAAGAAUGCAAUCGUGUCUGGAUCCUCGAAUGCGGCCAUCAAGUGUGUGGAAAUUGUGCUCGAAAGAUGAUUCACAUUUCCGCAGCAACGGAGUCCAGAUUUCGACCUCAAUGUUGUGGUCUUGCAGUUACGGAGCAGCUGAUUCGCUUCUUGCUCGAUGAUAACGAGUAUCGCUUGUACCAGGAUAAGGUGCUUGAAUGCACAAUCGAACGGCCGAUAUACUGCGCAGUCCCUUCUUGCUCUUUCUUUAUCGCGCCUCGCAAUAUUGAAGGAGACUAUGCGUGUUGUCCUAACUGUGGGACCAAGACCCACGUUCCUUGCCGAGCAAUCGCACAUCCCGGGCAGUGUCGUGAGGAUAGGGCCCUUGGGGUCACUCUGAAACUGGCCAAGGCUAAGAGAUGGCGACGAUGCUACUGGUGCCAGACGAUGGUGGAACAUGCUAGAGAUGGUUGCAAGGUCGUGACAUGCCAGUAAGUCUGCUAUACCUCACCGAGCUUGGGGACUAAAUACUGGAUUCCUCUAGCUGUGGAAAGAAUUUCUGUUACUGCUGCGGCGCUCCCAUUUUAGCAGAGCCUUGCAGCUGUAUAGGCUGGCCGCUUCAAAGG